AUGAAAUUCUUUAAAAAACUCUUAAAACUCUUUAAGAAAACCCCCAAACAACAAGAUAACUGGGACGAUAUCUGCGAAAAAGUUGAGUCUUGGUCUACAAAGUCGACUAACAAUGAAGAAAAAUCUUAUGAAAUUCCCACACUAUUAGUCGAUUUUGAAAGCCAAUUCUCUGUUCUUGAAUUGAAAUUUUACACAAGAUAUGAAGAAUAUGUUGACAAUGUGAGAAAAGAAGACACUGAGAAAUAUAAGAAAUUCAAGAUGUAUUUCUCAUUUUUGAAUGCACAUAUACGUAGUUACUAUAAUCUCUUUCACAAUGCGAUAUGGUACUACAGCAAAGCUGGUGCCUUUGAUUUAUUGCUCUGGAGGAGAAAGCAAUAUGAGGAGGAUUUUGAGUACACAAUAGGAGUUUUAAACAAGAAUUUUACUCAUAUUUACUUCUUAAGUUAUGAUGACCUGCUAGAAUACGCUGAAAAUAAUCUUAUGAGUAAAAAGCACUCUCAAAUGUUAGACAUCUUGGGGCAUACUACAACAAUUUACCGAUUAAAUUGUAAGGCUUAUAACGCAGAGAUGCAACUCGGUACACUGAUAUUUAGGCUUUUGGCAGCUGUACCUGAACUACAAAAGUCAAAAUUUUUCAAUACUGCAAUAAGUCGACUUUGUUGUGAGGAACAACUCAAACACGCAAACGAGAGAAUACCUUUAUGCGGCUUGCAAUAUAAUUUGAAAAAGAAUAAAGGCAAAACUAAUUUAUUGGACAAAAGUUUAACUGAAAUAUGGAAUAUCUUAGA